AUGCACUUCUCCUCACUGGUUGUCUUAGAGGAACAAAUGAUUUCGGAGGGUAUGUCCAAAUCAAUUCUGUCCCCGAUUCUAAAAUCCGCUGCAAAACAGGCAGCCGCACUCCUGGUAGAAGAAAUCAAAUUGCAAUUGAAUGUCAAGGCUGAAAUUGAGAACCUGAAAGAGAGACUGAUACUGAUCCAAGCCUUCCUUGAUGAUGCGGAGCUGAAGCAACAACAAAAUAAAAAAAUUAAGGUUUGGGUUGGAAAUCUCCAGGACAUUGCUUACGAUGCGGAGGACGUGCUCGACGAAGUGGCAACGGAGGCUUCACGAAUGAAGCUGAUGGGAUCUCGGAUGGAUUGGAUCGGGCAAGUAAGCGAUUUCUUCCUGUCCUGCUUCACCUGCUCAAUUAUAAGUUCGUGCCUGUUUCACCGCGGGACAGCUAUUAGAAUAAAGAAGAUCGGAGAGAAGUUGGAUGAGAUUGAAAAGCGUGGGAUAGGCCUGGGAAUCCAACAAUCCAUGGUCUGUGGGAGCCCGUCUGACGACACAAGGCCAUACAGAGAGACGAGUUCCUCAGUUGAGUUGGGUGUGGUUGGCCGAACCACAGAGAUAGAGAAGCUAGUGAAUUUGUUAUUGUCACCAGGUUCUGGUGAUGCCACAGCGUCAGAAACCGUUUCCCCAAUUUUUUCUGCUAUUUCUAUAGCAGGGAUGGGUGGGCUGGGGAAGACGACUCUAGCCCAGGUCGUCUUUAAUCAUCAAGAGGUAACCGGGCAUUUCGAGAGGAGGAUCUGGGCGCAUGUGUCUCAUAGAUUGGAUGAGAUCAGGCUUCUCGGAGACAUGAUAGAGUCCGUGGCUGGCUUUAGACCAUACCUGAAAACCUUGGAUUCACUGCAGAGCAGACUUGCACAGGAGCUCAACAACAAGAGAUCCUUGAUCGUGUUGGAUGAUGUAUGGGAUGAGCAGCAGCGCCUGUGGCAAGUCCUCUUCCAGCCACUGAAUUGUGGACUGCGAGGAAGCAAAGUUAUCAUGACCACAAGAAACCGGAGUGCUUUAUCGGAGAAUGUCCCCACUACCCAGAUCAUAUUGGAACCCAUGUCUGACAAGGAGUGCUGGUCUAUCUUCCGAAAGAUUGCUUUUGCUGGGGCCUCGCCCAGCGAUUGCAAUCCCCUGGAGAAGAUCGGCAAGGAGAUAGCCAAUAAGGCUCAGGGCAUGCCACUGGCAGCAAAGGCUCUGGGAGACACUGCAAGGUCUUUUGGAUUAUCAAACCGACGCCGCUGGAGCAAUUUGUCGGAGACUGAAAUAUCACAACUGCGGGAAGAGAAUGGAGUAAACGUUAUUUCUGUUUUAAGACUGAGCUAUGAGCAACUGGAUGCUCCCCUUAAGCAGUGCUUUGCCUACUGUGCUGUCUUUCCCAAAGGCUAUGUCUUCGAUAAAACUAGGCUGAUUAAAAUCUGGAUGGCUCUUGGUUUUAUCAAAGUCCAAGGAACAGAAAGAAUGGAGGAUAUUGGGAGUGAUUACUUCGAGGCUUUGCUGAGCAGAUCAUUUUUUCAAAGUUCACAGAGAGGUGGUUUCAUGAUGCACGACUCGAUGCACGACUUAGCACAGAGUGUUUCAAGGGACGAGUACUUCAGUCUGAAAGAUCGCAGCUCCUUACCUUUUCCUCGCAAUGUUCGGCACCUCUCCUUGUCUACUGUUAGUCCAGAACUCCUUCGCUACCUACAUCGGCUUCCUAAAUUGCGGUCGCUCAUCUUCUUAAACCCAGACGAGUCCCUUUCUGUUCAUGAUCUUCAAAAAUUAUUCAAAAUGUUGAGAAAUCUUCGUGUUCUGGAUCUUAGUCGGAUCGCAAAGCCCUCAGAUUCUGCUCAUGGCUUCUGGUCCUGCAUUUUCCCAAGUCAUCUGUGUGGGAUUUGUUCCAAUAAUUUUCCCGACUCUAUCUGUUCCUUGAGCCAUCUCAGAUACCUGCAUAUCUUUGCUCAUAACAUUGUAAGAUUGCCUGAAUCGUUAAGCAAACUCCACAACCUGCAAAACUUGAGGCUAGAAGAUUCCUGGAAACUCCACACAUUGCCGAAUGGGGUAACCAACCUGAUUAAUCUGAGGCACCUUGAGGUUGAUGGGGGGGACAAGGUUUACGAGAUUGCUGGUAUCGGAAAAUUAACAUCACUUCAGAAACUGAAGAAGUUCAGGAUCAGCGGGGAGACCGGACGGGAAAUCGGACAACUGAAGGAUUUGAAUGAGCUUCAAGGAAAGCUUUCCAUAUCGGGGCUAGAGAAUGUGGCUUCUGGAAAUGAGGCAGGGGAGGUUAAGCUUCAUGAGAAGCACUACAUUGAUGGGCUGAAUUUGGAAUGGUGUAGCAGGAGACUUGAUAUGAUUGAGUCUAAACUCGAUGAAGAAAUUCUUGAAGGCCUCAGACCACCUACUGACCUCAAGGAGUUGACCAUCAAGAACUACGGAGGCGUCAGAUCUCCUCAGUGGAUGCUGGAUCAGUCCCUUGUUAGCCUACGUUUUGUUCGCCUAGAUGGAUGCCGAAACUGGGAGGUCCUGCCACCUCUUGGACAGUUGCAAUCGCUUGAGGUGCUGGAAAUGGAAACAAUGGAUGGAGGACAUAAAUCUGGCAAUUUCCAAUUCUACGGAGAUGAAGUUUACAGUGGGACCCUAUUCCCUAGACUCAAGAGACUCCGGAUCUGGAGUAGCCAGGUGAUGUCUCAAUUUCCUCCCCUUCCGUUUACACUAGCACAAGUGAGCAUAGAUACUCUAACAAUUACUAUCAAGUUGGAUUUAUCCGAUAGAAGCAAUACGACCGUAUCACCAUCUUCUAAUAGUUUAAAGGUGUCAUACUGUACCCAAGAAACCAUAAAUCAGGUGCGGGAAAAGCUGAUUCCUUAUCAUCUCUGCGCUCUCAACGAGCUAACAAUCAGCAAUUGUCCACGGAUGUUUUCUUUGCCAACAGAUACUUUCCGACACCUCGUCAACCUCAGAAAGCUAACAGUAAUUAGUUGCCAAAAUCUGAAGCAAUUGCCUGUCCUCCCUCCUACGCUGGUAGAGUUGAAGCUAUCUGAAGUGGGAUUAUCGAUUCUUCCAGAUAUAUCGGAAUACCCUACUAAUGGGCUGACAAGCAGCACUGAUAUAUCAUCAUCAGCAGCAGCAGCAGCAACAUCUCUUUCUAUCUUGGAGAUAUCCGGCUGUCCAUACCUGAAAUCCUUGGACAAGGGCCUCCUCACCAAAAAUCUGAAGGCACUUAAGAAAUUGAUCAUCCAUGGCUGCGACGAUCUUGAAUCUUUAUCCAGGGAGGGGUUCCAAGGCCUUAUAUCUCUCCUAUACUUGGAUAUAUCAGACUGCCCCAAGCUGAGGCAGCUGCCACCACUACCUUUGGUGCUUAAAUACCUCGGUUUAAGUAACGUAGGCUUGCUAGCCCUCCCGAAAUUCUGGGCUUUCGGUGAGGCCAGAAGCUCAUCUUCAUUAUCACCAUCAUCAUCGUCAGGGCCAUCCCUUGCUAAGUUGGACAUAUCCGACUGUCAUGAACUAACAUCAUUGUGCCAAGGAUUACUGGGACAAGAUCUCAGGUCUCUUGAGGAGAUGUUGAUUUGCCGCUGUAGUAGACUUGUGUCUUUGCCGGGCUUUCGAGGCUUCAGCUCUCUUAAAUUACUGACAGUGGCUCACUGCUCCAAUCUUGUGUCGCUGCCAUGGGACACGCUUCCAGUCUCUUUGAAAGUGCUAGAAAUUGGCGAUUGCCCACUCUUGAUGGAUCAAUACCAGCAGGAGGGAUGUGCCAACUGGCCCAACAUCUCUUCUCCCCAAAUCAGAGAAUUCAAUGGCAGAUGGCGGAGAGAAAAACGAUCAUUAAGAACAGUUGUAGAGAUUGUUAUCCAAAAACAUAAAGAAGCAAGGAAGUCACAAUCAUGGAAGAAUCGUAUCCUGGGAAAAAUACUUCGAGAUACCUUUGGAUCAGCUUGUGCAAGCCACCAGAACAGGGGGUGAAAGUGGGAAUUAGAAGGUAGAGCCAGAGGGAUCCAGCCUGAAAUGCUUCCCUGUUUGGUAGGAGAUCCAAUUCUUGACAGACGGAUUGCUGGCAACAGAUUUCUACAGUUCAUUCAAUCAUGACUCUGCAUUUGCACUAUUAAACGAAUUUGCUCGUCACUUGCAAUAAGCAGCCUUGCAUACAUUUAUUGCUGUGAGCAAUUGGAUGGUCUUCUAAUGCGAAAGAUUUUUGUUGCUUCACUAGCUUGCUGUAGUUUAUGGGGGCAAAUGAUACACUUAUUUUCUUAUAAUUAAUUAUUUGUUAUUAUUGUAUCUUUUCUCACCAUUUACACUUAUUCUUUGAGAGCAAUGCAUUUGAUUUGGAAUAGUGAAAGCCAA